GUUAUUGCAUUGGAGAAAUGGCGACGACUUAUCAGUUAGCGCUGGACGGGGAGUGUGAUAAACUGAAGAAUUUCUACAACAACCAAAAUGCUUUUGCUUUGUCAUUUCCUCAAAGCCGGGGACAUUGCAUUUCACUUGGCAGUGUUCAACAAAAGUAAAGAACCGCUUCAAAGUUUUCUUGACAAUGCUAAAGGAAAUCCUAUGACAGAGUUUGACUAUUGGGCAAAGAAUAUCUAUGGAAACACGGCUCUUCAUGAGGCUGCCGCUGAUGGUAACAUUGAGGCGGUAAAGCUCCUUGAGGAUAGAAAUAAAGAAGGCGAAACCUCGCUGUUUAAAGUUGCUUCAUAUGGGCAAACAAAGGUGGUCUUAGCUUUAUAUUCAGGUAGUAGAGAAAGUUGUACAAAGCUGAAAGACAUUCACCGCCACAGAUUAAAACCUGAUGCCAACGAACCUGAGGCCUCCAUUCUGUAUGCUGCCAUCCAAGGAGAGCACUUUGAAAAGGCUUUAGUGUUACUGGAACUGGAUGAGUCAUUAGCAACAUUAGAGGACAGAAAUGGCACGACCAGUCUUCAACUGCUGGCUACUGUGCCCUCUGCUUUCAAAAGUAGAUACCGAGUGAGCAUAAAGACAAGACUACUCUACUUUUGUCCUCUGAUACAAAGAACAGGGUUGCCAAUACCGAGAAGAAUCUUGAAAGAUAAAGAGUGA